GGCGCGGCUGAUGCUGCCCUUUAGGCCAUCAGGGCCAGGAUCGGAACCCGCACCUCGCGGGGGGCUCCUUUCUUCUGGUCGCAUGGCCCUUCGUGCGCCCUGAGACGGUUUUCUGACGUUCCUCGGCUCUCCUUCCUCAGGCCUACCAGGAUGGAGGGGCAUGCGGAAAUAGAGAUGCUGAGGACACUGAAGGGGCCCUCCACAGGGGAGGUCAGCGUGCACCUGGUGGCCAGAGACAGCCCAGGUUCAGGCUCUCACCUGCCCGCUGCUGCCUUUAUCAUUCCAGCCAGCUCAGCCACCCUUGGUCUGCCCAGCAGUGCCCUGGAUGUGUCCUGCUUUCCGCGGGAGCAGAUCCAUGUGGGCACCUCAGAGCGAGUGGCUGGCAGCGUACCUGUCACCGCCACUGUUCUGCCACAGUUAAGCGCUGGGCCGGCGGCCAGCCCCAGCGCCGGCACAGUGCGGCUCCUGGAGUGGACCGAGGCCGCGGCCCCGCCUUCUAGGAGUGGCCUGCGGUUUCAGAUAAGCGAAUACUCACCGCCGAACAUGGUAGGAGCGGAGCAGCCCCCAAGCCCCGAGCUGCGGCGGGAAGGCGUGGCCGAGUACGAAGAUGGCGAGGCCCUGGCGGGAGGUGGCGAUGCGGGCCCCCAGCAGCCGGAAGACCUCCCCCAGGACCCUCCAGGAGAUAACCCUCAGGACCCGCCAGAGGAUGAUGGCACCUGCCAAUGCCAGGCGUGUGGGCCUCAGCAAGGCGCUGGUCCAGAUCCUGGGGCCUCCAAUGAUGGCUGCCCCCAGCUGUUCCAGGAACGGUCAGUCAUAGUGGAGAACUCUUCAGGCCAGAACAACUCCUGCACCAGCGCUUCUGAGCUCCUCAAACCCAUGAAGAAAAGGAAGCAUAGGGAAUAUCAGAGCCUAUCUGAGGAGGAUUCGGAGCCGGAGGCCAUGGAGAAGCAAGAAGAAGGAAAGGAUUCAGAGGGACAGCCCACCACUAGCACCCCAGAAAGUGAGGAGUGGAACAGCAGCCAGCCUGCCUCCGGGGAGAAGAAGGAAGGCUGGUCGUGGGAAUCCUACCUUGAGGAACAGAAGGCCAUCACUGCCCCCGUCAGCCUCUUCCAGGACUACCAGGUGGUCACUCAUAACAAGAAUGGCUUCAAACCGGGCAUGAAGUUGGAAGGCAUUGACCCUCAGCACCCAAGCAUGUACUUCAUCCUCACCGUGGCUGAGGUAUGUGGCUACCGCCUACGUCUGCACUUCGAUGGGUAUUCCGAGUGCCACGACUUCUGGAUCAAUGCCAGUUCCCCUGACAUUCAUCCCGCUGGCUGGUUCGAGAAGACGGGGCACAAGCUGCAGCCCCCCAAAGGUUACAAGGAGGAGGAGUUCAGCUGGAGCCAUUACCUGCGCAGCACAAGAACCCAGGCUGCCCCCAAGCACCUGUUUGUGAGCCAGAGCCACAGUCCCCCACCCCUGGGCUUCCAGGUGGGCAUGAAGCUGGAGGCCGUGGACCGCAUGAACCCAUCCCUCAUCUGUGUGGCCAGUGUGACCGACGUGGUGGACAGCCGCUUCCUGGUGCACUUUGACAACUGGGAUGACACUUAUGACUACUGGUGUGAUCCCAGCAGCCCCUACAUCCACCCAGUGGGUUGGUGCCAGAAGCAAGGAAAGCCCCUCACCCCUCCACAAGACUACCCAGACCCUGACAGCUUCUGUUGGGAGACAUAUUUGGAAGAAACUGGGGCCUCUGCUGUGCCCGCCUGGGCCUUCAAGGUGCGACCCCCGCACAGCUUCCUGGUCAACAUGAAACUGGAGGCCGUGGACCGCAGGAACCCAGCCCUAAUUCGUGUGGCCAGCGUGGAGGAUGUUGAGGACCAUCGGAUAAAGCUCCACUUUGAUGGCUGGAGUCACGCCUACGACUUCUGGAUCGAUGCCGACCACCCUGACAUCCACCCCGCGGGCUGGUGCUCCAAGACGGGGCAUCCCCUGCAGCCUCCUCUCCGACCCAGAGAGCCCAGCUCUGCCUCCCCUGGGGGCUGUCCCCCUCUCAGCUGUCGAAGCCUGCCACAGACCAGGACCUCCAAGUACAGCUUUCACCACCGAAAGUGCCCCACUCCUGGUUGUGAUGGCUCUGGCCACGUCACAGGCAAGUUCACAGCCCACCACUGCCUCUCGGGCUGCCCGCUGGCCGAGAGGAACCAGAGCCGGCUGAAGGCAGAGCUGUCCGACACGGAGGCCUUGGCCCGUAAGAGGAACUUCUCGGGCUUCUCCCUAAGGAAGAAGCCUCGCCAUCACAGCCGGUGCGGAGGGCAAGGGUGCAGGGCCUCGAGUCCUCCUGGGCCAGCCCAGGCCCUGAUUCCCUGCCAUGGACCUGGUCCCUCUCUCUCCAGGAUCGGACGCCCUCCAAAGUAUCAGAAGAUCCCACAGGAAGAUUUCCCGACACUGACCACUGACGUCAUGCACCAGUCCCUCUUCAUGUCGGCCCUGUCGGCCCACCCCGACCGGUCACUAUCAGCGUGCUGGGAGCAGCACCGCAAGCUCCUACCAGGAGUGGCGGGCAUCUCGGCCUCGACAGUCGCCAAGUGGACCAUCAAUGAGGUCUUCGGCUUUGUUCAGACCCUGACAGGUUGUGAGGACCAAGCACGGCUCUUCAAAGAUGAGGAAUAGCUCAUAGGUAACAUGGUAGCGCUCAGCCUGCAGCACGUGGGAAUGCCUUCGGUGUCUGCUUAUUUACUAUUCGGAGUGCCAAGAUUGACCCUUAUGUGGGCACAGCAACAGCAGGUAUUUUGAAGCCGCUGUCAGUGAGGACUCAGAGGACAUUAUGUAAACACAUACUGAAAUCCAGACCAGCCAGCAGAAAGAGACAGAGCUAGAGCACAUGUGCGUGCAUGUGUGUGUGUGUGUCUGUGUGUGGACGUGGGGAAACCAGUGGAUAUCUUUCUUUCCUUCUCUCUCCCCAUUGCUGUCUUCCUUUUUUCCUUCCUCCCUCCCUUGUCCUUUCUCCUCCCUCUCCCCCUCCCUCCUGUUUCCCUUCCCCCCCUCUGUCCUUUACUCCUAUUUUCUUUCUCCCUCUCCACUCCCCACACACACCCCCUCCUUCCCCGUGACCCUCUCCACCUUCUCCGCUUUCCACCUCCCUCCUGCAACUCCUCAGAUGAUUGACGGCGAGGCCUUCCUUUUGCUGACACAGGCGGACAUUGUGAAGAUCAUGAGUGUCAAGCUGGGCCCAGCCUUGAAGAUCUAUAACGCCAUUCUCAUGUUCAAAAACGCCGACGACACCUUAAAGUGACCGGCUCAGGGCUGGUCUCUUAAAUAUCUCCCUCCGCAGCUGCUGCUUCCUUCCUGGCUUGAGAUCCUCACAUCCCAUCCGUGCCCCUGCCACCCUCUGUCCCUUAUCAGGGGUGGUCCUUCUCUCCGGGGCUGCCUUGUACAAGGCCCAGGGAAGCAGAGGAGCCCUGAGGAGGAUGGAGUCCUAGCCCCCGAGUCCUAGAGCUCAUCUGCCACCGGGCACACCGGUGAGGGUGAGACUGGGCGGGGGGAGCGCCACUGAUGGAGAAGUUUGAAGGUGCCCCACCCAUGGCGGCCCCGCAUCUCCAGCGACUUGUUUCAUCACCAAAGGGUCUUUCUCUCAGCCGUUAAGAACAGUCUGGUAGAACAGGAGUCCUCCAACCUGAGGCCCUUUUCUCUUUGGCAUCUCUCUGCGCUCUUGCUUCCUUGUUCCCUUUCCUCCUAUCAGGAAGCGACCCUGCCGAAAAUGUAUUUAUUCAAAAAGACACCUCCCCUCUUUCUGUCUGCUGGUUUUGCUGCCCACAUUCUGCUGCCUGGUUUCCUGGGCACGGCCCAGCCAGACCCCGCUGGCUCUUCCCCCUUAGACGGGUGAGCCCCAGAGGUAUGUCUUCAUAGGAUCCAUUGGGAGGCUUUGGCUGCCUUUCUCUCUUUUUUGCCUGGAAGUGGGGGAUUCUGAGCCAGGAUGCCUUCUUCAACACACCCAGUUCUGGACCACAUGGUAUUUUAGUGUCCCAUGCCCUGUCCUGUUUCCAGCAGAGCGGGUGGUCAGAACCUGUUUAACUUCUGUAGCAGAGGUUAAGGCUCCACGAUGUCCCCCUUACACCCCUUCUGUGUCAAGUGUGGAGAAGAGGCACCCUGGCUGGCUAGGUGGCCGAGGCCAGCCCCAGGGUACAUCAUAUAACCUCGGGCCUUGGGCCAGCGGGGCAGUCCGGCAGGCAUGGUGGCUUUCAAAGCUGGGUAUAGCAUCCUUCUCUGCAGCCGUGGGUCUCAGCCAACGUGUUGCCCGGGAGGUGAGGGCCCUGUGCCUGCCAGGCCUCCUGCCGUGGGGAUGUAGCACGCUACCUGGCACAUACACCCCAUGGCAUCACAUUCAACCUGUCUUGGGGAGUCUUACAAACACCCCUUGAAGUUGGGAGUUGGGAAGAAGGUGAAUUCUAUCUUUCAUGUCUCCAUGUCCCUUAAGCCUCUCUUACCACUCUCCAUCUGUCUUGCACUGCCAGCCAGGUGCCUGCCAGGGCUCUGGGACUUUGACCUUUCUGUCCAGGAGGGGGCCUAGCCUCCACUGAGCCACUGCCAAACCCGCCUCCCAGCCUGCAGGGGCGGGGGCAGAGGCCACGGCAAGAGCCAGCCCCACACGUGGAGGUGCGGAGCUGCCGCCAAGCUCCUGUGGAGCCAGGGGCCUUCCCCAGACCCCUCCCGUCCAUCAUGUGAUGUGUACGUGCGGGUGCUUGUAGGGCACUCUUGGAAGUGUUUGACAGGGUGCAGGUGUGAGCCUCGGUGCUGGGAAAAUGUCAAGGGCUAUUAUUGUUAAAAUAUGAAGCUUUAUCUUUGGGAAACCCAAAGCUCUGUUGAGUCCCUGCCCCAGUCCAGGAGGGAACCUUCUCUCACAGAGGCAGCUUGGCCAGGGCAGCCAUUCAGCUCCCCCAGCUGAGCUGCCGCAGGGCCGCAGACGGUCCUCAGAGGCUCUGCCUUCCUGGGAGGGCUCGGCCAGGCCCUGCCUCGGGCUGGGGGCUGGGUUUACGAGGCUUGGGGCCCCCUUGGCCAGGAGUAAGGUGGAGCGAGCUGAGCCUCUCUCUCUUGGUUGCUUGGGUGGCAGUAAAACCCACCAGCUCCGUGGCCUCGUCUGCUCCUUGUGAAACUGGGGAGAGAUGCUCGUUGACUCUGGUGUGAGGAGAAGACAGCAAGUACACACAGCUGUGCUGUGGGGCCUCUCCGCGUCUAAGGAGUGCAGCUGGGACAGCUGUGCCAUGUGGGUCUGUCCACCACCAUCCUAAUGCUUGUCUACAGGAGAGACAGGAUGGACCAAGGGCCUUGGAGAAAAGGGCCCCCAGGCCUCCGAACUUGGAGGCCUCAGCACUGUCUGCGCCAACAUCAAACUCUGGAAAGAAACCAAAUCAUAAAAAAGGGGGAAAGAAAUCUGCCUUCUGUCGACCCCGCUGCCGCUUCACCCCUAUCCCUUCCCCAAUGAGAUCAUUGCACCUUGACCUGGGCGCGUGCGGUGAGGGGUGAGGGGAGGGAGUUGGCACCGCUGCCCUGUGCCCUCCGCCCUGCUCUCCAGCGGCAGGAACCACAUACCCUUUGGCCCCGGCAGCUUCUCCCAGCCCUUGCCCAGCCCCGGCCUAGGGCAGUGAGACGCCUUCUGUUUAAUUUAUGAAGCAGAGAGAAUGAUCCCAGAGUUCAAAAAUGAAGCCUGUUUGCACUUUCAUUCACAUGCACUUUGGUGGAGUUAAUGUUUUUUGUACUUGCCUCGUGAGAGAGAGAGAGUGUGUGUGUGUGUGUGCGCGUGUUCGUGUGUGCACGCACAUAUGCGUGUUCUUUAAGAGAAUCCUCUGGUUAAAGAUAAAGUCACUCUUGACUCUUGAGAGAGAAAAAGUGACAAACAAAAUGUGGUGUAUUUUGUCAGUGUAUUGAAGCAACAUAAAUAAACCUGAAG